AUGCAUGACGAUUCACCAAUUAAGCUUGAUUUUUAUUUACGUCAAAUUAAAGCCAUUCAACAAGAACUUGCUUCUAUUCAAAUUCCGCUGAUUAUCCACACUGUUCCCUUAUGGGAAAAUAUUGCAACAGAGAUCGAUAAACUCUGUCACAAACUGGACAUUGAAAAUGUACACGCCAAUAUUGAGUGCGGUGUCAAUGAAUUAAAUCGAGAUUUCCAAGUUCAAACACAACUGAAUCAAAGUAACCGUGAUUUGGUUUUAUAUCAUGAUCGCACUCUGUUCCCUGUCGGUUCAAUUCGCAAUAAAUCCAAUCAACCCUAUCAAGUCUUCGGCGCAUUUAAAAAAUACUGCUAUGAACAACUGAGUAUUUCGAUCCCGCAAUGCUUCCCUAUCCCAGAGACUCAAGCCUUAAAUGAUGCAAUAGAUGUGGGCGAGUUGAAUAACAAUAGCCUGCCGACUUUGGCCGAGCUUGGUUUUAUAUUCAAUCCGAAUCAGAUCAACAAGCAGUGGCAAAUUGGCGAACAAUAUGCCUUGAAUGUCUUGGAUGAUUUUAUUGAAAACAAAGUCCGUCAUUAUCAACUCGAGCGUCAGACAGGGAUUCCUAUCGUCGAUGCAGGUAUGCGCCAGUUACUUCACACAGGCUGGAUGCAUAAUCGGAUCCGUAUGGUUGUCGCCAUGUUUCUCACCAAGAACCUAUUGAUUGAUUGGCGUUUAGGUGAGCAAUGGUUUAUGCAACAUCUUAUUGAUGGGGAUUUGGCUGCCAAUAACGGCGGAUGGCAAUGGUGUGCAUCCACAGGAACUGAUUCCGCACCUUAUUUCCGUAUUUUUAACCCUAUCAGCCAAUCGCAGAAAUUCGAUGCACAAGGUGACUACAUUCGACAGUGGGUUCCAGAACUUGCACAUUUAGACGCAAAAACCAUUCAUGAACCUUAUGCAAAAAAUCCCAAUAUUGAGCUCAAUUAUCCAAAGCCAAUUGUGGAUUUAAAACAAAGUCGUAUUCGAGCAAUUGAAGCUUUUAAGCAGAUUUAA